AGAGCAGCUAUGACCGGAGCAGAGGAUGACAAACGUGCAGUCAGGACGCUUGGGUGCAAGGCAAGGGAUCCUGGGCACCGACACAGACCUUCUCAGCAUCAGACAGCGACCAGCCUGGUGACGAAGAACUGCAGCUAUGAACUACCCACUAACCUUGGACAUGGAUUCCAUCACCUAUAACAUAGAUGACCUGUACAAGGAACUGGCCAUCUACAGUAACAGCACAGAGAUCCCCCUACAGGACAGUAACUUCUGCUCUACGGUGGAGGGACCCCUACUGACUUCCUUCAAGGCAGUGUUCAUGCCUGUGGCCUACAGCCUCAUCUUCCUCCUGGGGAUGAUGGGAAACGUCCUGGUGCUGGUGAUCUUGGAGAGGCACCGGCACACCCGGAGUUCAACCGAGACCUUCCUGUUCCACCUCGCAGUGGCAGACCUUCUCUUAGUCCUCAUCCUGCCUUUUGCAGUGGCUGAGGGCUCUGUGGGUUGGGUCCUAGGGACCUUCCUCUGCAAAAUUGUGAUCGCUCUGCACAAGAUCAAUUUUUACUGCAGCAGCCUGCUGCUGGCCUGCAUAGCUGUAGACCGUUACCUGGCCAUCGUCCAUGCCAUCCACGCCUACCGCCGCCGUCGCCUCCUCUCCAUCCACAUCACCUGCACGGCCAUUUGGCUGGCCGGUUUCCUGUUUGCCUUGCCGGAACUCCUCUUUGCCAAGGUUGGCCAACCUCAUAACAAUGACUCCUUACCACAGUGUACCUUUUCCCAAGAAAACGAAGCGGAAACGAAAGCCUGGUUCACCUCCCGUUUCCUCUACCACAUCGGGGGCUUCCUGCUACCGAUGCUCGUGAUGGGCUGGUGUUACGUGGGGGUGGUACACAGACUACUGCAGGCCCAGCGGCGCCCUCAGCGGCAGAAGGCAGUCAGGGUGGCCAUCUUAGUGACAAGCAUUUUCUUUCUCUGCUGGUCGCCCUACCAUAUUGUCAUCUUCCUAGAUACGCUGGAGAGGCUGAAGGCUGUGAACAGCAGCUGCGAGCUGAGUGGCUAUCUCUCUGUGGCCAUCACCUUAUGUGAAUUCCUGGGCCUGGCCCACUGCUGUCUUAAUCCCAUGCUCUACACCUUCGCCGGUGUAAAGUUCCGCAGUGACCUGUCUCGGCUUCUGACCAAGCUGGGCUGUGCUGGCCCGGCCUCCCUUUGCCAACUCUUUCCCAGCUGGCGUAAGAGUAGUCUCUCUGAGUCAGAGAAUGCUACCUCACUCACUACCUUCUAGAUCCCAGAAGUCUCAGCACCCACCUCCGUUUCUGUUUUCCUUGGGAGGAUAAAGUGGUGGUGGAAACCCGUCCAACAUGAGCUGGGGUUAGUGUCCCCAGAUGGGACAGCUAGACGAACUCUCUCUAGAAUGUCCCUAAAGUUCUUCUGCCAGCCCUCGGGCUAGACUAGAGCCACAGGAGUGGAAAGCAGCCCAAAGGCAAAGCAAGCAAUAUCCAGACCACCUGUAUCACGUUAGAGGAAGAGAACUCCACACACCCCCCAUCCUAAUGAGCUAAAGCCAAGACUCAGUUCUAUUUCUUCCUGGCCAUAGGGAAAACCACCUCUGCCUGUGGCCCACAGUCCCAUCUUCCUCCUGAUUGAGCCCAGACUCUCCUCCCAGAAUGUAUUCCAUCCUCUUAAAGACUGCCACAGCCACCCAGUACUCCUGUACCACUGAGGGAUGGAUAGCCAGCUGGCGGCAGACUGUGGCCUUAAUGUGCCUGUCUCCUAAAUACAGACUCCAUGCCAGACUGUCAACUGUGCCUUUCUCUUAACCAAGCAGAAAGCUGAAACAGAUCUACUUUAGGUAGCUGUCUGGCUCCAACCAAACCAGCAUUGGAUCAGCCCCACAUUACUGGAUCUUGGAUUACAGACUGAGGGCAAGUUCCAGAAGGUCCUGGAAGCUAGCCAGUAUCCUAAGAGGAGUAAAGGGCAAGCCAGCAGGAAAGAGGCCCAGUGGAAAAAAUGGAAAGACAUCUUUUCCAGGCUCCAAAGAAGAAUGAGUACAAAUCAGACCCGGCUGUUUUCACUACCCAUGGACCAAAGCUUCCAGACUGGAAGGGAGAGGAGACCCAGGGCCCUAGUGGAUCCUGGGCACUGAUGGGGAAGGAGGCCAACUUGCCUGGGGAAAGUAAGAUAGAAAAGUAGUCUUAGCCUCAGGAGAGGGGACACCUAGCUAAGAGAAUGAAGACAGAGGUUCCUGUCCUCAUUAGGUAGAGGCAAUGUAAGAAGCCAACCUGGGCAGACAAGUCCCCAAGCUCCAGGAAGCAGUACCUUGCCCCUGGGAGGGUACUACUCAGAUGGAACCAGAGGAAGCUGCUCCACGCCUGCUUAGGGGAAGCUAGCAGGCAAUUCUGAGCUCUGCUUCCUCCUAGCCACUGAUCUGGGAGGGGUGGGGGUGGGAAGCAGAGUUGCCUGGUGCCACUCAAGCCAACCACACAAGCUCCCUGGGGGACCCCCGCUGGGGAAAUCAAUGCUACAGCUUCAGAGACUAUAUCCUCAUUGCAGAAUGGUGGAGACACCUGGGGAUCCCCUUUUCUGUUCCCAGCAGCCAGCUGGGUAGAGGCAAAACCAGACACAAGAAAUAAAAAUGCAAGAGAUGGCA